UCAAAGAGCACGAUGGAAUCAAAGACGCCGUCACCGUUCAACAUGAAACAGAGCAUCUCGAAAGGAGCUAUGAAAAGCUUUCCUCAGAAAUCUUUCGCAACGUUGGAGCAUGGAGAGCUCGGGAUUCACGCCAAGACGCCAUGGCAACAGUAGCCAUAGCAACUGCAGCAGCCUGGUCGAGGAAGGGGUGCAAAAGAGUCCCCCGUCGGUAACGCGAGCACACUCGUUCGGCAGCGCAGAUCUAAACAGAAAAGAACGCCCGACGGUUUCGCGAGCUCACUCCAUGAGUAGCGCAGACAGAAGCUCGUCUCCGAAAAGUAAGCAGGACACAUGGAAGCAGCGCUGCAUUCGGUCAAAGAGCUACGAGAAACUUUCAUUGAGACUACAGAGUGCUUCAGACGAGGACUUUUGCGCGAAUCCUGAAAUAGUCUGUCCAACGGAAGACGACAACGAGAAUGCAGAAGAACCGAAGACUCCGGACACGGCAAAACGGGUCACGUUCGCAGAAAUCGCGCAGAGGAAGAAGAACAUGUCGCUCCCGGUUCAACCGUUGAUUGACAGUAGCGAGGGCAAUGGAAGGCUUGACACCGGAAAGCACUCCGACGAAGGGGUGUUUUCGGGAGAAUGGACAGAAGGAGGGAAUGAGUGUGAAGACAAGAGGAGAUGGUCCGAGAAGGAGAGAAAAGAAAGACUGAAUUCUGAAGGGAUUGAGGUAGAUGAGGUAGAUGAGGAUGAUGGGAUUAUAGAGAAUGUGUCAGGGAACGAGGUAGCGAUGGAGGAAAGCCUGAAGUUGAGAAGAGAAAGUCUGGAAAGUGAAAAGGCUGAGGAUGCGUCAGGCCGGUCGCGGUUGUUUAGUGACCCAGGUCCAAAACUGACGAAUGAUGAAGUAACCCUCAGGGAUAAUCACUCGAAGUCGCGGCCCCUGAAAGCCCGUCCGCACUCCCUUCCCAUCAGGCCCUACAACCUUGCCUUUCCGCUCAGCGGACAGAUGCCGCGUGUACGCCGCGUCCAGAAGUGCCCGUCGCUUAAAACGUUUAGCGGGAUGUCGCGCCCGCUGGCGCAGCGUAGCCUGUCCUGUAGCCCGUACCGAACUCCCGCCCCUCCCGUACAGGUCAUGGAGACACAGGGAAAGUCCUUAGCAGCCCUGAAACACUUUCAGGGGGGUGGCAUUGGCUCUUCUAACAGCCACCAGUACUUCCCACUGGCACACCAACAGCCUCCAAAAAGCGCCGGCUACCAAAUCACCCACCACCAUGCCAACGGGUUCGGUAACCACGACGACCAGUCCCUGCCCCGCAGCGCCGGUUACCAUGGCAACCAUGUGACACCAAAGUGGGAGUUCCAUGGCAACUUGAGGUUCGAGAGGGCCUUCGUAAAGGAGAAGAUUCAGCCUCUGUUUCACUCGGCGCUCGACGUUCACAAGCGUGGCGGGAUUAAGGUCUCUGUGGUUAGCCCGGGAAACCGUGGGAUACCUGUCACUGUCUCAUCCUACCAGCUGCCUGCGAUGAAGGGAUGGCAGAAGGAUGGGGAUGCAGAAGAGGAGAUGACAUCAUACGUUGCCAUAGAGACCCCGCCCGACAACAUCCCCCUGUCUCCAUCCUGCAGUGGAGAGUUUAUCCUGGUGGACCUGAGGAGGAAGAAAGCGCUAGUGUCAGCUGUGAACUCUGCGGUGGACGCCAUCUUGGACCACUUUGGAGAAGCGAGAGAACCCGCAGCCAAGGCGCGGUUGGGUAACAGCAGCAAGACUCCGAACAUUGGUCACCUUGUCCUACGCUAUCUCUGUCCCGCCAUGCUGGCGCUGGUCGAGGACGGGCUCAGGCCAUUCCUAAGGAACCCCAUCGUCGGGCGGGUCAAGAACAACGUCUGGAACGUCGUGGAGGCCUCCACGCAGAUGGGUCCAGCCACUAAGUCUCUUAACAAGCUCGCCAACCACCUGGGUAAGACUGGUCAGAUGUGGGACAUCAACAUGAGGUUCAACGCUUUCAUCUGUGGACUCCUAAAUUUAAAAGCAGUGGAGCUGUGGUUAACACACUUACAAGCACGAUACGACAUAGUCCAGAAGCACUACAUCCCCGAGGCUUUCCUGACUCUGAGCUACACGGCAGGCAGGCAGCUGUUUGACGACGUCGUGGUGAUCGUCCAACCGCUCUCCCUCCUGCCCUUCGCUCUCGACACGCAGUUUGAGUUCAACAUCAAACAAGAGGAAAUGGAACGGGAGAUCGGGAAACAGCGUCUGAAGGAGGAGGCGGCAAGGACAUCUCCAAGGUCGACGUUCCAGAUGAUGACAGGGAAGAGAAUCCCGCGGUACCAGCCGAGCGGGAGGAUGGAGGAGGACAGGCAUGAGGAGCAGGAGGAGGAGGUCAUGGUCAUUGACAGAAGACCAGAGGAAACUCCAGUUGACCAGGACCAGACUCCCAAAGAGAAGGUUGACUCUGUAGUAGCUGGAGAGGACCAGCAGCCAACAGAACAGCCCAAAAACCAGAGCUGGUGGUUCCAGUUGAUGAACAGCACCCCUGUGGAGGCAGCAUUUGACAGGAAAACAUCAGAAACAACAUCCACAAUAUCAGAAACCAGCAGCGAAGCUAACGCUACAUCUGUUAGGAGCAAGUUGUGGCUGAGCAAUCUGAUUGGAGCAGGACCCAGGCCCAAUCAGGAGGCAAGGUCAAAGGUCAAGGUCCCAGUCACACAAGAGGUGAAGAAAGAAGAUCAACAGAACACUCCCAAUGGUAAGAAGUCCAGAUGGGCCAGCUUCAGCUCUUCCCUCAUCCAAGCUGUGGACCGUGUCCUCCUCCCAACAUCCAGCAGGACUCCGCCCCCGUCUCCUCGGCAACACCAUAGCAACCAGACUCCACCCUCGUCUCCUCGGCAACACCAUAGCAACCAAACUCCACCUUCGUCUCCUAGGCAACAGCAUAGCAACCAGAUGCCAUUCCCAUCUCCUAGGCAACAGCAUAGUAACAAGACAACGAGAAGAGAGCAGAUUGUAGCGCAGGAACAUAGGAAAGAUGGUAAAAGGGUAGUGAAGGCGUUGUGCCAUCAUCUAGCAACCGAGGACGGACAGCUCAGUCUCACUAAGGGCGACAUUCUUACCGUCGUUCGGCAGGUGGAUGACGAUUGGCUGCUGUGUUGCCAUGGUAACAAAACGGGUCUGGUGCUGACCGGCUGUGUUGAUGACCUUGACCUCCUGUAAAUGACCUUGACCUUACCUGACAAGGUCAUAAGUCAUCUUUUCUAUGGUUGACUGAGAUGGAUUGUACCAUUUUUCCUGGUAUCUCUAGUGAUAAUGAUAUAUCAAAUCUUACCAUGCUAGCACACUACAUGUAAGUAUAAAAAAACAAGCUUGAUUUUUCGAUCUGCAAGAUCAAAAAGGGAUAUUUUUUAUUUCUUUCAGUGCAAUAUGUGUUUGGCAAACCUGCACAUAUGGGCAGUGUUUGACUAUAGGAAAAUACGAGAAUUCUUCCUAACUUAUGCAAGGAACAACAUACAAACGUACGCUGUAUGUUACAUGCUAAAACGCGUUGCUGUAUAGUUUUAAGUGUUAAAUUAAGUUGGACAUGUUUGGAACACAAGUCCGUAAUGUACAUAGGAAAGCACUGUUGAACCAUGUAAUUAUUAUAAUGUGUUCGUACACCCGUAACAAUAUCAGGUGUAUAACGUUUGCUACACCUGCAACAAUAGCAGGUGCACAAUGUUUGCAGCACCUGGAACAAUAGCAGGUGUUGAAUGUUUGCAGCACCUGUAACAAUAUCAGGUGUAUAACGUUUGCUACACCUGCAACAAUAGCAGGUGCACAAUGUUUGCAACACCUGGAACAAUAGCAGGUGUGCAAUGUUUGCUACACCUGUAACAAUAGCAGGUGCACAAUGUUUGCAACACCUGGAACAAUAGCAGGUGUUGAAUGUUUGCAGCACCUGUAACAAUAUCAGGUGUAUAACGUUUGCUACACCUGUAACAAUAUCAGGUGUGUAACGUUUGCUACACCUGUAACAAUAUCAGGUGUAUAACGUUUGCUGCACCUGUAACAAUAGCAGGUGUGCAAUGUUUGCUACAUCAGUAUCAUGUAAAGAACUGCAAACAAUAUGGGUACUGUCAGCAUUAUGUAUAUAAUAAUGUUGUAUUUUGCUGGACGUAUGAAAAGUGACACAGUGGAACAAAGACAUUACUGUAAGUUGCAAUCUUAUUUUGUCAUGUUGCAAUGUUGUUUUUUUGUAAUUUUAUGUACAAAAAAUU